UGUGCGCCAGACUUCUCGUAGACAGCUGAACUUUCUACAGCACGUAGUACCAAAGGACCAAAGUUACACAGCCGCUUAUCCGAGAAGCACCUUUAAGCACGUGCUAAUGGUACAACGUUUGAGACGUAAUGGACUCAGCGGCAUUAUAUUUCUUUUUCUUCUAAUUUGUGGAAACGUGCAAUGGGAAUCUAUGUGACGGUAAACUUGGACAUCGAGCCGCUAACAGCCGAGCUUUUUUUCCCGCUCGGUCUUCCCGCUGGAAGCUCCAUCGACCUGAUAGUUACUCCUCCGUCCCAACCAAAGGUGGACGACCGCAAAAGCUCGUUUUCCUUGUGUCACGCCUUUGUGUGCGGUAGGAAGGUUCCCAUUGCCAGGAACAACUUCGACAAGAGUUUUGAGGCUGCUUCCGUUCCAAAGGGUCUGUGCGUCCGCUCGCCCCUAGUCAACGGACAGCGCAUAUGUCAGUUAAAAAAUGUACAUAAGGGGGCAUCGGAACGACCGUGUCCACCAUCAGCUGCUGCAUCGACCAAAUCGGCAGCGAGCGUGACAAUACCACAAACGACGUUAGCGCCCGCUGACAGUCUUGACACGGUCGUCGCAGACGACCCUGAAGAGUGCAAAAAAGCCCUCGAUGACAUCAUAAAGGCUGGAGAGCCUGAGACCAAAACAGUAUUUGUGUGUACCGAGUGUCCCCACCGCACUUUCGACAAGGAAGAGGCGGUGGAGCAUUGCAAGUCACAUCUCGCUUCCAGCGGCACAGCGGACGCCGCGAGUACGGCAAAGGCCGUGCCAAGGUUUCCGACGAAGCGCGGAAGGCCUCCCAAAAAGAGGUUUCACUGCAAUACAUGCACCAAGUCGUUUCCCUCAAAACAAUCUCUCCAGACGCACCUGCUCAACCACACAAGCCGUGGCGCAGCGGUGCCUUUAGUAACUGUGGUAAAACGUGCUAGUGAAGCGCCGCCGAUGAAUGAGUCGGUAAACUGUUCACAAAACCUCGUUUUAGAGACCACGUCUGAUUGCCCACAACCAUUAUCUUCUCGUGUUCUUGAAGGAUAUGCUGACCCUGCGCAAAAUGCAUCGGUUUCAGGUGAUUCCAGCAUUAGCGAGGCCACUGUAUUGAGGUGUUUGGGGUGUGCUGGAAGGUUUGCAUCACUCUCUGAUCUCGAUGCCCAUCGUCAGUCGGUGCAUCCAGAUUUACAUUUCUGCCACAUCUGUGGUGAAGUGUUCAGCGAGGCAUUUAACCUGGAAUCACAUGUGUCAGAGGCUCAUGGGAAAGGUAUCUGCUUUUACUGUACACUCUGCUUGAUGGUUUUUGUUGGCGAGGAAGCCUUCAAGGACCACAAGGCACAGUGUGGUGUUGCCUGUGCUACAUCCAAACGCAAAAGACGAGAAUUUAUCUGCUCUCACUGUUCUUUCAUCACUGAUGCUUACUCCAAGUUGUGUGACCAUGUGGUUGACAAGCACCCUAAUGUGGCAGUGCACCAGUGCGAACAUUGCCAGAAACCUUUCCUCCAUAGUGCCAUGCUUGAGCAUCACUGCAAAACGGUUCACGAAAAGACAGAUGAACAAACAGCCAGAGAGAAAGUUAAUGACAAGAACUCAACGACACGUCUCUAUCCAUGCACUUUCUGUGACCGUGUGUUUAGAAGCCACCGUGGCAUCCAGGCACACACAAACGUUCACAAGAACCUCCGCCCAUACGAGUGCCGCAAAUGCGGUGCCUCACUGACAUCAAUGACUAACCUUAAAGCACACAUGGUCUGUAUUCAUGGCAACCCUGGUGACAAUGCAAAGUGCCCUCAUUGCCCUAAGGUAUUCAAGCUAAAGCGGUCGCUGAACAUACACGUACGGGCCAUCCACAGCCAGGAAGGCCGUCGGCAGUGUGAACUCUGUGGCAAGUGGUUGGCCACUGAGCGCAAGUUGCAACGUCACAUAGCCCUGACACAUUAUGGUGAUGCUGUCAACGACCAGGAUGGUACCUUUUCCCUGCUGCGCCCUCUCAAGUGCGACCACUGUGACUUCAAGAGCUUUAGCUACCCACGGCUCGCAAGGCAUAGGGUGACACACACAGGAGUGUACCCGCAUCAGUGUCCCGAGUGCAACAAGCAGUUUGUGUUCCGUGACCAGAUGACACGGCAUGUGCAAACUGUGCACCGCAAGGUACGACUCACCUGUCCACAGUGUCCACGCCUGUUCUUCUCUGAGAAGCUCUUUCAACAGCACCUUGAUGUCCAUCGGUUGGGACAAGGUUUCCCUUGCACCAUGUGCAACAACUUCUACGACACUAAGGCUGCGUUGGACCAUCACAGCCAAAGCCAUGAAGCAAGCCUCCCUUAUCAGUGUGAGCUGUGCCAGCAGCGGUUCAAGUUCUCACAGGGGCUUUCAAUUCAUCGGAGGUUUCGGCAUAGCAAGGAGGCAAAGUCAUCGAGCCAGUGGAAGAGUGGAGACCACACGUGGCGCCACAGCUGUGACGUCUGCCACAUUCGCUUCAAGUACCAGAGCAGCCUAGCUGCACACAGACUAAACCGGCACGCAGAUGCUGAGCGGCUCACUUGCACCUACUGCAGCCGCAAUUUCAACUCGCAGAGUGUUCUGGCUCUGCAUAUUCGCUCACACACAGGCGAGAAACCACACGUGUGCCCACACUGCAGCAAGGCAUUCAGCAUACCACACAAUCUCAAGAACCACGUUAUCACACAGCACACCAAGGAAUUCAAGUUCUUCUGUCCACUUUGCUCUAAAGGAGCAGUCAGCCAAAUCAAACUGCGGCAGCACCUGCUUCAGUCGCACAAAGCUGUGAAUGACUCCUCAAGUAAGUACAGGAGAACAGUGAAGCAGACAGUUACGGAUAUGCCUGAUAUUGAUGGCCUUCCCAUGUCCCAAGUAGCUGUUGAAGAUGCAGCCUCCAUUUUGUCACAGAUCAUUAUGUGAACUUAAAGCCAGUUUGUAACUAUAGUUUUACAGUGUUCACAUAACGAAUUGACUUUUAGGACACUUUUCAUUAAGAGUAAUUGAAGCAUCACAUAGGUAAUAUGUUGCUUGAGUGCUCUUCAUGCCUCUUGCAUAAGUAUGAAGAACUUGCUACAUUGAGAAAUGGUCUGGUAGCAUUGUAAGAUGAUGAAAGGCAUAGCCAUUAGUAUAUAUGUAUAAAUUAAGAAGCGAGCAACGUGAAAGACUAUUGCAAUGUUUGCAGUAAUGAUGACUUCCAAUUGCCAACGGCAUGUAAGAACACAUUGUGUGGAACUUCUUUUCGAAUAAGAGUAUUUAGUUCUUGCAGCACAAGUGACAAUUAAAGUUCUCAGUAGUACUUCA